AUGGAAGUUCCUGUACGGACGCUUCGAAAGUUGGAUGAUGCGAAGGAAGACUCUCGUGUAUUUGUGAUUGGAUUGGAUUGGAUUGGAUUGCAAAGCGGCGUGGAUGUCAGAAAGUAUGGAUGGGAUCCAUGGGUACAGAAGAGUUCAGCCACGCGCAAAGAUCUAACCUUCACUCAAACUCAAGCAUUAGCAUCGCGAUAUUCCGUAUCGUGCAUGGUCCACCCGAGCAUUGGAGGCAGACCUUCUCAUGCAAGCGACAGAUAG